AGCAUCAUGUCUUGUACAACAGUUAAUUUUGAACGUUCAAGACGACUGUAUCGAAGUGCUACCAUUUGCUGUCAAUACAAGUAAUAUUGGCAAAAUGUUGACAGAUUUACUGUUUUGAAUAUCGUAAAACAGUGUCAGUGUAGUUUAAUAUUUAAAACAAUAUAUUAACAAUUAUUUUAACAAAACUUGAAGAAACAUUUUAAGUGAGACUAAGUCUAAUUUACUGUAACAUAUAUGCACGUGUUUUUUUAUAUUGUGUUGGUUCGUGCAAUAUGAAAACGCUGAUUCGAGUAGUUUAUUGAGCAACGUUUGCGCUGCAAAGGUGUGAAUAGAAAGCAAGAUUAUGUGAGAUGUUUAAAAUACGAAAUGAAAUGAAAAGGAGAAAGUCGAAAGUGUGCAUCUUCAUAAUCAACUGUCUCGAAUGGAAGUUGCAGUAGCUUUUAAUUUUAUUACAAACAAUGUCAGUGAUAUUUUACUUCUAGAUUUGCCGUUCUAGAAAAUUGAAUUGUGUCGUCUAUUAGUGUUGGAAAGUUUGAGUAACAAAGCCUGAAAUGUACACAUUUUGGGGAAAGCAGAUACACUUUUUCAUUCUAUGAUUGUGAUUAAUGACCAAGGAUAUGAACCAACAAAAACGAGUUGAAUUGGGCAUUUUUCACCCACUUAUUCUGGUGACGCUGAUUCCAGUACUGACAACAAAUGGGUUUGGAUACGAUUCUGCUACAUCGUGCGACCCAAAUGCAUCACGGAAAGGGCGAGCGGCGCAUCUGCUUCAAGCCAUUCCUUGUGAUCUCAGCGUUCAGGCUUACUGUAAUCUACCAGGAUCGGCAUACCCUUGGCAUGCUGUUCGUCGAUUUGUGCAUGAAAAUCAAGGGCUUAUGCGCAGGAUGUAUGGUGAUGUCAGACACAUAUCUGUGUUGAAAGCAGAGAUAGAUAAUAAUGAAAUUGACAUGGAUGAUAUACACCGCACUGCCGAAAAAUAUUCCCGCAUGAAUGCCGGAAAGAAAGUGAAACUUUUACAUUCUCCAUACCAUGAAUAUGGUCGUGAGAAAAGUAAUGAUAUUAUUACAGAGCCUCAUUUUAGACCAACGCAAAAGACUACCACAGUUAAACCAGAUAAAAAAUUUUCGGAAACAACAAUAUCUCCACUAUCAACAACAUCAACAGCAACAACAACAACAACAACAACAACAACGACAACAACAGAAAGUGCCAAAUUCGUUCCAGUCAAAACUACUAGCAAACCAUCAUUUUUAAAUGUGACAUUGGAUAAUAUUAACACAGAUGCAACAGAAGCUUCGGUCAAGCAAAACAAAAGUAAAAUAACGAUGAAUACCGUCAAUGGGAGUUCAAUCGAUAUUGAAAAAUUAUCAACUAUUGCAAUCCUAGAAACAAACGAAACCUUACUGGGAAAUGUGUCAAUGAAGGAAUCAAGUAAAGGAGUGAAUAAAGUUUCAAAUCUUACAACUUAUGCAGAAUCCAACGAUACUACUGUGAACGACGACAGCGUGGUUGAAACUUCUACAGCUAAAUCAAAAGUAGAUGUGACUACCGAAGGAAUAGUUGAUUCUUCAAAAGAGAAUAUGAUUAUUACCGCUUCCGAACAGGUGAACAUGACGACAAAAGAAAAUGUAAAAAAUACGAAAAAUACAUCAAAACCGAUGGAAAGUCAACUUUUUCAAGACGUUGCACAAAAAGAGCAGCCUCUAGCAGGAGUUAAGGGAGUGAACGCAUGUCCAGUGAAGGAAGAAGUCGUAGCCCCGUUUUGGGCCAACAACACCAGAGGAGAAGUGCUGGCUUUAUUGAACCUUUAUCCAUUUGAACAGUACGUACACUGGGAGAAAUGUGCGUUUGAGUUCAAGCAGAUGUACUGCCGAGAAGGAUGUCGUUGUGAACAGCAGUACAGACUCCAUCGUCUACUAGCGUACGAUCCACAUAAUGAAUGUAGAGGCAUAUUCUCUGACUGGUUUAGAUUUCCUUCAUGUUGUAUAUGCAAGUGUUACGACAUUCCAUUUGAUUUUCGAGUAACAUCUAGAAGUCCGCGAACGAUAGUCAAAGAGUCCAUUCAAAUUGUAGAAGAUGAAUUACAAAACGCAAUAUAUGAUCAUGCCGCUGAUGAAUGGUAUCGACCAAAAAAUGACGUUACUUGACCUCUGUCA